CCAGGCAGUGACCAUGACUCAUGGUUCCCAGUACAAAGAAAAGACCACUUCCCUGCUGGGGCAGAGGCCAAGCCAGAGCCCUCGCCCCAUCACCUCUCUGCCCUGCUUGAGUCUGGAAUGGACCUCCCUUCCUGGAAGCUGCAUGGCCUUUGGUCCUGGGCCUGCCUGCCCCCUGGGGAACACAGCAGCCACAGUGGCAGUGAGGCUGUGGCAGUGUCAGCAGCAGAGGAUGCCCCAGGCCCUGGAGCGUGCAGAUGGCAGCUGGGCCUGGGUGGUGCUGCUGGCCACCAUGGUGACCCAGGGCCUCACCCUGGGCUUCCCCACGUGUAUCGGCAUCUUCUUCACUGAUCUGCAAUGGGAGUUCCAGGCCAGCAACAGCCAGACCUCUUGGAUCCCCUCCAUCCUUAUGGCUGUGCUCCACAUGGCAGGGCCCCUGUGCAGUAUCCUGGUGGGACGCUUCGGCUGCCGAGUGACCACGAUGCUGGGAGGUGUGCUGGCCAGCCUGGGCAUGGUGGCCAGCUCCUUCUCUCGCAACCUCAGCCAGCUCUACUUCACAGCAGGAUUCAUCACAGGCCUGGGCAUGUGCUUCAGCUUCCAGUCAAGUGUCACGGUGCUGGGCUUCUAUUUUGUCCGCCGGCGGGUGCUGGCCAACGCGCUGGCCUCCAUGGGCGUCUCCCUGGGCAUCACGCUCUGGCCACUGCUCUCCCGCUACCUCCUGGAGGACCUGGGCUGGAGGGGUACCUUCCUUGUCUUCGGCGGGGUCUUUCUCCACUGCUGCAUCUGCGGGGCCAUCAUGAGGCCUGUGGCCACCAGUGUGGCCCCUGAGACCAAAGAAUGUCCCCCACCACCUCCCGAGACACCUGCACUUGGCUGCGUGGCUGCAUGUGGCCGGACCAUCCAGCGCCACCUGGCCUUCGACAUCCUGCGGCACAACACAGGCUACUGCGUGUACGUACUGGGUGUGAUGUGGUCCAUCCUGGGCUUCCCACUGCCACAAGUCUUCCUGGUGCCAUAUGCCAUGUGGCACGGGGUGGACGAGCAGCAGGCAGCCCUCCUCAUCUCCAUCAUUGGCUUCAGCAACAUCUUCCUGAGGCCCCUAGCCGGACUGAUGGCAGGACGGCCAGCUUUUGCUAGCCACCGCAAGUACCUGUUCAGCCUGGCAUUCCUGCUCAAUGGGCUCACUAACCUGGUGUGUGCGGCAUCAGGUGACUUUUGGGUGCUCGUGGGCUACUGCCUGGUGUACAGCGUGUCCAUGAGCGGCAUCGGCGCCCUCGUCUUCCAGGUUCUCAUGGACAUCGUCCCUAUGGAUCAGUUCCCCAGAGCCCUGGGACUCUUCACUGUCCUGGAUGGCUUUGCUUUCCUCAUCUCCCCACCACUGGCCGGGUUGCUCCUGGACGCCACCAACAACUUCAGCUAUGUUUUCUUCAUGUCCAGCUUCUUCCUUAUCUCAGCUGCCCUCUUCAUGGGUGGCAGCUUCUAUGCCCUGCAGAAGAAGGAGCAGGGCAAGCGGGCUGUCGUGGCAGAUGCCUUGGAGCAGGAUAUUUUCUUGGAAGCCAAAGAUGGUCCUGGGAAGCAGCGGUCCCCUGUGAUCGGGUGCCAGUCUUCCUGCCUGCCAUGUCCAGCUGGCUUCAAUAAGCAUCUUUGGGGAUGUCCUGCCUCCUCUAGGACCAGCCACGAGUGCCUCUUAUGGCCAAAGGCAGUACUGCAGGCCAAGCAAAGGGCUCUGGGCUGGCAUAGCCCUCCCUGAGUGCCUUGGACUCCGCGACUAUCUGCCAUGUGACUUUGGGCAAAUUGUUGACCACCUCUGAGCCUUGAAAAAGUAGCAGGUUACUUUGUUAGAGCGAAAUAAUAAAAUUUAAUUUUAAAAAAGAAAAUGUAGGAGGUUUGUCUGGAUGAGCUAGUCUCUUCUAGUUGAAGAGUCUGACUUGGUGAGCGUCCGGAAGACGCCACUGCCUUCUGGCUCCCCACCCAGUCUUACUCUUGGCAGCCAUCAAUAGCACGCGCUCUGAAGGGAGAGUGCUUGCAUGUACUUUGCCAAAUCCUGUCUCCUCCAUCUCAGUUGAAUGGAAAAGGAGGGAGGUGGGGCUGGUAGAUAGGUGCUUUUGGUGCUAGUAUCCACCAGGUUUUGUGUGCAUCCUGUAAUGAGCCCACUUCCUGAAAACAUUUAAAGAAAAAAGAUAUCAGCUGGAGAUGGUAGUGCCCACGUGUAAUCCCAGCUACUUGGGAGGCUGAGGUGGGAGGAUCACUUGAACCUGGGAGUUUGAGGCCAGCCUGGGCAACACAGCAAGACCCUGU